AUGGCCACCAACAGCGGAGCUACCGAGUUACCACAAUCAACUCCUGUAUUAAUUGGACAAUUGUUACAGCGUAGAAAAUUUAUCGUUAAUGAAAGCAACAAAGUCACGCAGUUUGGCAAAGAAACAAUUUCCAGCACUUCGACUGUUUUCCUGAGAGAUUGCAAUGACUGUGAAUAUAUUAUCGAUGGUACCUGUACCAAAGUUAUGAUCGAAAACUGCAAUAAUCUCGUCUUGAAGGCGAAUAAGAAAAUCGUUACGUCUAUAAUUGAAGUAUGGAAGUCACAAAAUGUCACGCUCAAGAUUAAUUCUCAAGUUCAAACACUUCAACUAGACGAUUGUCAUAAGGUCAAUGUUGAAUAUGAUUCCGUGAAACAUUUUCACUCUAUCGUCUGGACCGGGACUAAAGAAUUAGAAUUGACACUUUUAGAAGACGGAGAAGUAAAACACAAAAUCACAAAAACGCAAGAACAAGAAUCGAGUAAUAACAGCCAACCAACUCAGUCUAUCAUCAGGUUGAUUAACGGAGAAUUAGUCGAAGAACGUUUGAUUCGUGCCGAGAAAGGGUAUCCGAUAACCGAGCGGGAAUUGCGUGAAUGGAAGCAGAAAAAUAACGUUGCUUAG